CUCAUUCAAGAUGGCGGGCGAAGGGGUUUCUCCUUUUCCUCUCCYUCCGAAUCAGUAUUAUACACUUUAUACUGACGAGAAUGUUGACCAAAGGAACACUCCUAAACCUCCUCCACCUAUUGAAGGCAGUUACACCGUGUUUGGAGCAGUGUUUGAGAGUGAUGAUUCUAUUAUCCAGACGCUAGAAACGCAAGGGAUAACACGUCUUUAUCCUUUGCACAGAAGAUUAGAUAGAAUAUCAGAAUUAAAGAAGCUUAACCAUUCUAUUUUGAUAAAUUUUCUGGAAUUACUGGAUGUUUUGAUCAGAUCGCCAUCAUCACAAAAGAGAGAUGCUAAACUUGAAGACAUUCGCCUCUUAUUCAUCAAUAUGCAUCACUUAAUAAAUGAGCUACGUCCUCACCAGGCUAGAGAAACAUUGAGAGUUAUGAUGGAAAAGCAAAAAAGACAAAGACUUGAGACAGCAGAUAAACUUCAAAAACACAUCAAUAGAGUGGUAGCUAUUCUUCAAAAUUCAGUGUCACAUUUAAAUCUAACUCAAGAUGACAUAGAAAAACAGCAAGGAGAAUWCCUCCAAGAGAAUGCUGACAGUAGCACAGACAUGAAAAAACAAGACUGGAAUAAAAGAGAAGAACAGAUUUGCUUUGCAUUGGAAGACAUUCAUUGAAAACAAACAUGAGCUUAUGAAUUAUUUAUAAAAGUAUAGAACUAUAGACCACAAAAGUCAAGAACAGGAGAUCCCAGAUUUGUACUUACUGAUAUAAAAAGGAAAUGCACUAAAUCUGUGAAACUSUGAUAAUAAUUAAUAGGAACAUGGUGUAACAACUUACGGUAGUAUAUGGUGUUUACGAGAAUGACUGGCCAUUCAAAAUAUGUUCCAUAUGCAGCUCAUGCCUAUUUCCUAUUCAAAGCAAGGUACUACUGCUUGACAACUGGUCAGUGAGAAGAAGAUGAAGAACAAUAAGCUAGUGUGAGGGUAAGCCUGUAUUCCAAAAAGGCUCAAACUUUGUCUUUUUGGAACCACAGUGUUAGCCCUAAAUUGGAGAAAAUUCAAAUUUGUGGGGUUAUUAUAAUUUCAAGAUUUUUUAAUGCUUCUUUAGUCAGAGGUUAUUCCCUUUGAACAGGAAAAAGGCAUGUAUAUUCAGAGAAAAUUUGUGUUUUAUUUUCAUGGCAUAAAAGUUUACAUGUACAUUAUUUUACAUAUAGAUAGAGUGCAUGCCAAAUAAGCAUGAAACAAUUCUUAACAAUCAACAACUUAUAAGAUUUAGUUAUCAACUAACUAAGAAUUCACUAGGAAGGGCAUUAACACAAUACCAAAAAAGAAGUUUUCUUUGUUUACGCCUCACUAAAUUCUUAGUAGAUAACUAAAUCUUAUUAGKUACUAAUUAGUUAAGAAUUGUUUCACACUUAUGUGAUGUGCACUCUACACAAAUAUUUCAUAUUUCUCAAAUCUACUAAAMCUCUUGUUUUUAUUUGUGAUGGCAUAUUCAAUAGGGACCAGAUGAUGAUUGCUGUUUUUUUCAUUUUUCUUUAUUUUGAGUCCUUUUUAUAGCAUUGCAGUACAAUGUAGAUUAUCAAGUGCAAAAUUAGAAUUCAUAUCUUCUGUUCCAGUUAGYACAAGCAGUGACCACAAAUUAUUAUAAUUUUCAACAUUUUUUCACAAACCUAUGUACAUAAACGAUAGGCAAGAGCAGAUAGUGUAAGUAGUUGUCCAAUAACCCUGUAUAUAUGUAAAUAUCAAUAUAGCUACAUGUUUGAUUAAAUAUCAGACAAAUUCUAA